AAAUUAAGAGCAGAAUGGCGCUGAAUAAUAAUCGAUACUCAUGCCCAUAUAUCUGUCCAUCCACGCAUAUGCAGGGAGAAGAAACAAAACAACAGGAAACUGCAAAGAUUGCAGUAAAGCCUGAGAAUAUUCUUUCUGCUCCGUAUGUACCUGGAAAUGUUAGGCCACGAUCACCUAAGGUGUACCCUCCUGGAGCUCCACCUAAGUAUCUUCCCCAACCUACAGAAAGUACUAGUGGAGAUAUUCUUUGGAUGAGUCCUGUUGGGCCGUGGGCAGCAGGUCACAUAGAUUGGUCACCACAAGCUGGCAUUACCGGAGUUAGGCCAGUCGUCGACAAAUAUUCAAUAACCAGAUAUUCUACUGGUGAGUGGCGGAAGAAUAAUCAGUUUACACUCACUCCACGAGCGACCGAUAAAGCAAAAGCCCUAGAAGCUGAAACGCAAAAAGAUGUUGCCAACACUUUUUCCAAUUUGGAUAAAAAAUUAAACCAUUCUAACGAAAUGUUGAACGAUAGGAUUAAAGAGUUGUCAUAUUGGAAAAAGCAAGUACAAUCAACGUUAAAUGGAAUUACCGAAGAGCUCGCUGCUAUAGAAGCAGAUAGGCAGCGAUUAAAAGGCGCUUGUAAAAUAUUGAUGUUGCCCGAAGCAAUAUCUAGAGAAUGCUUGGAACUCCGCACGGGCAGGUACGAGCCGGAUUUAGUCAGGGAUGAUGCUGAGCAGGAGCUAAUUAAAGAAGUAGCUAUUGUGGGAGAAAUAAGAAAGAUUUUUAAUGAUACGUUAAUAAAGGCCGAACUACAAAUCGAAAUGAUUAAAUCUACAAAAGCAGCCAUUGAACGCGACUGGAGUGACAAGGAAAUAUCGCUAAAGAUCGAUAAUCUAAAUUAUACUUUAACCCCAGACUCUAAUUUAAUAUUAGCCCAUCCCGGUGUCACCAGGUGGCCAGAGAAUGCCACUACACUAGAAUACUGGAAACACUACUGCGCAGAGAGUAUAAGAAACUGUGAAGACGUCAGGAAAAUGUCCGCAAAGCUCCGUGCAGAUUUGAUGACAAGUAUAACUAAAGGAGGUGAAGAUAUGAAAAAUCAAGCUAACAGAACAAAUUCCGCACUUGCGGAAACAAUAGAUGCAACAGAACAGAUGUGUGAAAAGCUGGAGGACAAUUUAAAAGAUAAUUUACAAAAGAUAGCAGAUAUCGAAAAUUUAAUAGAUUAUCUUAAGGAAUCCUUACGGAAUGUACAAGAAAGGAAUAAAUGCGUGAUGACUAGACUACACAAUCGUAACUACGAAAGACCGAGUGUAGAGAAUUGCCGGGAUGAGGCGCAAUAUGCUUUGAUGGCAGAAGCUAAAUUUAUAAAGGAAUCAUCUGAGUCCCUUCAAAGUAAGUUGAGAGAAGCGGAAAGUGUUAGAUCAGAACUGAUGAAGUAUCGAGGUGAGCUAGAGAAGGACAUCGCUUGUAAACGCAAGAGUCUCAAUAUAGACAAGGACAGGUGCGCCAGAGUUCGCGCUCACAUGCCUACACCGGAAGAGUUCGCAGCAGGUUAAAUCUACCUCCAUUGUUAAACUUUUUGGCUUUUAACAAAAUAUAAUUAUGUCGUCCUACAUUAAAGAGUGUUAUUUAAUUUAUCGACGUGUUAUAGAAGUACAUACAAUCUUUGCCCCGCGGUUUUAUUCGUGUAAAAUUUUACAAUAUUAUUAUAGCCUUCCUCAAUUGAAAGACUUUCUAACUGUGAAAGAAUUUAUCAAUUUUGUUUUUUUUUUAUUUAUUUGGGACAGAAUACAUUUACAUAUUAGAGGUUAUUAAAGGCUUAAAUUACCAUGCAAAGGGGUUAAUUUGAACUAAUAGUCACUGAUUUUAGCGCAAAUCUUCAGCUUCACAAAUUUAGGCUACAGGGGGUUUCUUGACACUCACGAAAUAACUCAAAUAUCUCGUUCACACUGUACAUAAGUUCUAUAGGAGAUCACAGCAAGCAAAUAAAACUUAGAUUUAUCGGGAACGUCAAGUAUUACAAAAUAGCUUCAGAAAAGUAGAACACAGGGCUCAAUACAUCAGGUUGUGUCGACUUAUUCAACAAUAGAGAUUUGAAAGAUUACAGUCUGUAAUGACUUAAUGAGAAAUCCAUUUGAAUAAUAAUAGGGCCAAAUAGUACGAGGCAUAAUUAUAAAAAUGUUAGUUAGGCACGUACUAAGAAAUAUCAGGAUGAUAGAGCUACGUUUAGCCCGGGUUUGUUGUUUAAAAGUCGCAUCUUUUAGAUUAUGAUAGAUCAAAGAAAAGCACCCCAGGCGAUUACGUCCAUUAAGAAGAGAGGCAUGGCUCCGCAGUGGGACGUUAGAGUAGUCUGAAAAUGAUAAUUACAUAUAAGAACCUCACAAACCGAUGGCAAAGUAACAACAAUUUAUUCAAUAACCACACUCAACGUACCGACAGUAACGUAGAUCGCUAAUAUAAAAGCCGUAAAAACGGUCGAUCCAACAACUAUGUAACAGAUAGAAGAGCAUUAGAGAACGUUACUUAUGUAACGCUGAAUCAGUGUAAUGAAAGAUAUGAGCCACAUCCACCUACUUACGUACACUUGCCAUUACCAGUCACUAAGUGCUAGAUGCCUGCCGGAUGUAACACAUUUAUUGAAGUUUUCCGCCUUUGUACAACAUAUCGUACCUACUUUCAAAUCUUUCGUUGGUGAGUAAUACGCUACUAUAGAUUUAAGAGUAGGUACAUAGGUCUAUGGUAACACUUAUGUUUCAAACAAAAUAAUCUUGCUACAAUUUUUUACUCUCUUCCAUACUUUAUAAGGGUAUAAACCCUUAUAUAUACUUGUCCGUCUGACUGUCUAACUCCAAACCCUUUAUUAGGAGCAUAACCGAC